GUGUCAGUUUCGCUACUUCCUAAAUGUAUCAAACCAAUGUAUCGGAGCUGAGUCUCGGCGCUUUGGUUACAGCGAGUUUGUCGUCAACGUUUGUUUCACACUUAUUCCUCUGACCAGCUGGGGACAAGUGUCUGGAGAGUGAGGAGUACAGGGUACUCCCUACUACUGAAGCGCACCAGAGUAAUGGUGGCUGCAUAGAAGGAUCGGAGAGGGGCUGAAUUCUUCCAGUAUGGGCAAUGGGAUGUGUUCCAGGAGACAGAAGGGAAUGCUGCAGACGGGAUUCUGCGUUCUAGUUGCACUUUGUUUUGGGUUCGGGUCUUAUACCUACAUCCACCUGAAGGAGAACGUGAGGGGUGCCGAAAUGCUGGCGCAGAAAUACAAGCAACAGCACGAAUCCGUCUCAGCUCAGUUACAAGUGGUGUAUGAGCACAGAUCGAGACUGGAACGCUCAUUGCAGAAGGAACGAGGGGAGCACAAAAAGACAAAAGAAGAUUUUUUGGUUUAUAAAUUGGAAGCUCAAGAGUCAUUGAACAAAGAGAAGCAAGAUGCCAUGAACCGGUAUGGUGCCCUAACUUCCCAGCAUAAGAUACUGAAGAACCAGCACGAUGAAAUAAAAAAACAGCUUUUGGAUCUGCAGCUUCAGCACAACAGCCUUCGGCUAGAGCACAGGAAAGCAGCAGAGACGCACAACCAGCGCUACCUGCAGCUUAAUCAACAGAAAGACCUAGAAAUCAGUACCUUACAAGAUAGCAUCAACAAGCUGAAACAUGAGAGCAAGCAACUGCGGAGGGCCCAUCAGGACAUGCACCAACAGCUCGCCAAUGCACAGGCCCAGGUGGAAGAGUACAGGCAGCUGAAGGAAGCUCUUCAUGCAAUGCCAAGCUUCAAAAACCCUGGACUAAAUCCAGGCAUUCCGCAGGAACAUAGUCAGGCACGACAAGAACAUCCCCGGGGUCCUGACAGAAACCAGUCACAGGUCGCUGAACAGAAGGAACAGCAGCUGCAAGGCGGUUUGGUGAGAGUGAGGGAACAAACUCUGCCUUCCCAGCGUGAUGGCAGGCAAGAAGCGAAGGACCAGUCUAAAGAACCACUGCAGGUUAAUGCUGGCUUCAGGAAUGCACCAGCCUGGGAUUCAAACAGCCUGCAGAUUGAGGGAGCCAAUCGCGUGCUGCGAUUCACCAGGACAGUGAAUAGCCUCCAGCCUGACGGGCAGGGUAUGAAGGUAACUGCCAAAGAGGUGGAUCAAGCCCACCAUGUUGAGCAAGGUCACAUAUUUCUGGAGGGACCGCCUGCUGCUGGGAACCAACAGCAUCUUCCAACAAAAGAGCAAGGGUUUGAGAGUCAUCUCAUCAGCCGACCGGCCAAGGUGAAAAGGUGGGACGAGAUUAUUAAUGACGUGAACACAGGCAAUGAUUUUAAACUGCGUGAUCAGACAGAUCAAUUCCGAAUCCCCUUGGUGCAGAAUCGUCAAGAGCCUCUGACAGCCCCUCCUCAGGUCACCAGGAGGCAGUGGAGUCUGGGACUUGUGGACACCAAUCAGCAUGUAGAUCGUGUGAGUGAAGUAAGAGAGGAGCCUGAGGAGGACGAGGAAGAGGAAGAGGAGACAGACAACGAGUUGGAUACAGUGGAUAAAAAUGACGCCGAGAAGCUCUUACUACACACCAUGACUUCUAGGAGUAAGAUGAUUGCACAGGAGCCAUUGAUCCCAGAUAUCGAAGAGGAUCCGGCUCAGGAUCCCAAUAACCAGGGAGAAGAUGAGUUUGAGGAAGCUGAACUUGAGAGGCCAGAUUUUGCAGGGAAGGUGCCAGGGCUAAAGGAGCAGCAGCUCCUCAUUAAAUCCCAUCCAAAGGGAGUUCACGUCGCAAGUAAGGAAGGGGAUGAUGCUGUGGAUGAGUAUCAGGAAGAUGAGGAGGCAGAGAAUGAAAACAAUGGAGGGGAAAUGGAGGAUGACCAUGAAGAUCCUGAACUUAUCCACCAAGAAACCAAUGAAGAUAAUGCUGGAAUCCCAGAUGAUGAAGCCGAUAAAGAAGAAGAAUACUGAAGGGGCUGAUUUCAGUGGUGUGUAUAUGGGAUGAUUUCUUGUUCCAAUAGUGAGGAGUUGGUGAGCAGAAUUGAAGACUGAAGCUGUUGAUGAAAGCAGGAUCCUGUCUCGGUGUGCAAGGCUAAGGCUGACCGCUGGUAUCUCAACUUUACAUUUUCCCGAACUGCAUUUAACUUCCUGACAGCCAUCCUGACCACAGUGAUUUUGCUUUGCCUGAUCAUAUUGUCUGUGUAAACAUGAUGGACUAUGGUGAAUAUUCAGGACUACAGAUGGAUGAAAGAUAUCUGGAGAAUUUCUCGUUAAUAGUAGCACCUUGGGUGAACUAGAAAGGACAAAUAAACAGUCAGUUCAGUGAAGUAAUGAAUUCAUUAAAAUGAUGAAUGUAUAGUAUCUUGACUGUGAAUUGUUCUGUGGCCCAACACGUUACAUAUUGGAUUAUUUUUAAGAUACGAGUGUCAGAAAGCUUUGUGUGACUUGCACAUAUUUCAGUGCAAAUGAUUCCAUGGAAUCUGGAGAAGGUUCUAUCCCAAUGAGUAUGUGGUACACCAACACAACAAAAUGAACCUAUAGACCGGCAGAAUUUGUUCUUUUCUGUUUUACAAUAUUGUUGACGGUAAACUUAUCUGCACAUGAUUGGACUCAGCUUAUUGUUUACCCAGAAUUCAAAUGAUGUGACUCCUCACUUCCCUCUGUCCUCCUUUUCUUCCAGAAGCUAUAAGCUCUUAAACUCAAAUUUAGUGUCAUCAGAUUACUGCUUAUUCAUUUUCACUGUCAUCUCUCCUGCUGAGAUAUCCCUGACAUUCAUCUGGGUUUCUUAAUUUAAAUCUAACCAUAGAAUAAUGGAGCUGCCUAGUGAUGUCUAUCUCUUUUCUAAGCCUGGCAACAGCACAAAUUUUGUACUAUCUCUCAUUAUUCCUGUUCACCUGGAGUAGGAGAAUAUCACACAAUCAGCUGGUGGAGCUGGCCUGAGGGGUCCAGGAUCUGGUUAGGAGCAAUGGAUUCUGUUCAACCUCUUGGUGCAUUUGGGUACAUUUACCAAUCUCUUCAGUCUACGUUGUAAGUGAGGCCAUGAUUGAUCCAAUUUUUUAAUGGAGACAACCAAAAUAUUUUGAUAUUUCUUUGUUCCUUCCUAAUGUUGGGAAAGGAAGUGUUUUAAAUGGAUCAAAUUGACAGAUUCUAGCCAGUAGCUAUGACAUUAGAAUAAGUACAAGACCGUUAGCAAGAUACAAAUUGCACUCUGUUGCAUAAAUCUGUGUGCGUCAGACACAUGGAAUGUAUCAUUAUGCACAAAAUUCAAAUUUUGUGAGCAAAACUAGGUGCCUUCUGCAGCCGUUGUGGAGCAGACACUGUCUCACACCAACAAAACUUUGCAGAUCCUCCAACAUCACAGUGUUUCUAAUCUGUAAUCUCAGACAUUUUAUGCUGUGUAUUUUCUGUGCACAAAGUCCAAAUAUUGAGAUUUUUUAACAAUUGAAAUAAAAUGUCAUUGCCCAUG